GGUAAAAAAAAAUUCGAAUACUACUUCCGGUGCAGGUGCUUGACAACACUGUAAACUUUCUCUAUCUGAUAACGGUUUUCCUACUUUCACUUGUCAGUUUUCGCUACCUCGGUACAAAAUGGCCAACGAAAAAUUAAUGAAGGGACAUAUUCUAGACUUUGCAGCACAAAUGAAAAAGAUGGUGAAUUGCAAAGACCACAGUGACAUCAAAUUCUUGAUAGGACCUAACAGAAAACCAAUAUAUGCUCACAGAUGUAUUCUGUCCACACGAUGUGCUGUGUUCAAGGCAAUGUUCAGUGAUCAAGCCCAGCGCGGGGAGGGGGCUCAGAAUGCCAAUGUACCAUUUGUACUGACUGACAUCUCACCUGAAAUUUUCACUGCCAUGAUGGAAUUUAUUUAUACAAAUUGUGUUACUCUGACACCAAAGAUUGCUAUUGACACCUUAGCUUCAGCCCUUGAAUAUGGUCUGGAUGAACUCAGAAAGUUAUGUGGGGACUUCCUUAUUGAUAAUCUGAGUGUUCAGAAUGCCUGUGACUGUAUGCAGGCAGCAGUGACCUACAGUCAACAAGAGCUGAAGGAACACACCCUACGAUACAUCGAGGAGCACACCGAGAAUGUUUUCAAAUCAAAAGGAUUCCAAGAGCUGGGAGAAGAUGCAUUAAUAGAGAUCCUAAAGUCAGAUGAUCUGAUGGUAGACGAGUCUGAUAUUAUCAAAUACAUCAAAGAAUGGGCCACAGUCAAUGCUGUUGUGCUGAACAAACCAAUGAGUGAGGUAGCCAGGAAGAUUGUGUGUUACAUCCGCCUAGCUCUGCUGUCAGCCGAGGAGCUGGAGAAAUCAGAAAAGGACAACAAAAAAGACAACUUAAUUCCCGUGGAAUGCUAUAGUGGAGCAUGGAAAUUCCAUGCCACCAAAAAGGGAGAUAAAUCUAAUCCACUGUUGGUAAAACGGAAGGGAACAACAGAGCGCUCUCAUCACCAAGCCCUGGAGUAGCCAUUGACAUUUAAAAAAAAUCAGCACCAAAUUCCUGCAAGACAUAUUGAUAUGUUAUUGUAGAAACAAAAAUCCAAAGCAAGUUUUUUUUUAACAUUAAAUAUUCGCAUAUCCUGCAAAUAUUUGAUUUACAAUAAUGAAACUUUUUUCUGAAUUGUAAGUAGUUGUGAUGUAAAAUCAACUUUCUACUACUUUACAUGUCUAUCUAUAAUCAUAUGCAUAUCUCAGAAUAAUAUGUGAUGAUAAAUAUUUUGUUAUGAGCCAGUCUUUCGAAAUUGUUUCAAAUAUUACAAAUUCCAAUAUGGUUUUUUUUUCUUUACUGUCAGGGUAUCUAAAAGGAGGUGCUUUUAUCCUGACUAUUGCUGUUACAAUAUCUAUUACGUUCUGUUUCAUAUACUUUUGUAUUAGUUGUAUAUACAUGUAUCUGUUAUACUAUUUUAUCUGUGUUUUGAAAAAUGUUUGUCACUGCAUGCUGCUUUUAUUUAAUAUAAAUUUAGUAUUUGUGGUAUUUUAACAGUAUUAACUUUGUUACAAGAGUAGCAAACAAAAGCUAGAAAUUACGCAUGAGGGACAAUUAACACUGAAUAUGUGUACCAAAAAAAAAGCGUUACACGCAAACAUCUCACAAGAAAUAAUUCUCAAAUAAAUGAAAAGGACUGACGCGUAAAUUUUCAUAUGCUGAUUUAAUUCUUGUUUAUGUCAUACAUUCAUAUGUCAACAUUUGUUUUAUGCAUUAUAUUUUAAUUACAAUGUAUUUCUUUUAUGACUAAAGGUGUUUAUAAAUAUACAUGUAUAUAUAUAAAAUUAAUGUGUGUAUAAUCAAAUAUUGCAUGCAAUGUUGCACUUGUUUAUAACCAAUAUUAUCAAUACAUGUAUAAUGUACAUGUUUAUCAGUUUUAAUUAUACACUGUCUUUUGAACCAAUGACAACCAAAUUUAAGCCAUUAUGUGAGUUCUAUUGAUAAAAUAACAAAAAAAGUCAAUUGUACUUGCAUGCUUUUAUCAGUAGUGGUUCUUGCGCAUCAAACUCCUCACUUAAUAAACUUAA